CUCAACAUUUCAAUGUGUUCUGCUGGUGUGCAUUCUGCCUGCACAACUUGGACAAGAAUUGGUUUUAUGUGCUUUUAAGUACAUUGAACAUGACUAUUUCCUGAUCUUUGAGGUUUAAGGUAUCUUUAAGCUCUGAGACAGAGAAUGGGACAGAUGAAAGGAAAAUUGGUAAAUCACCAUGCACUCCACAGAUUCGGAUAAAUGAUGACAGCAAAGGAAAGCUACCUAUUUCAGGGUCCAGAAUCUGCGAAUCUGAGCUAGUUUUCGACAUGAAGCAGGAACUGAAGCGUGAAAGAAAGAAAACCACGUCUGGGCAGUUUUCAAAGUCAAACGCACAGUUCCACAAGCUGUUUAAGGAUGUCCUCAAGGAGGAGCUGCUUAUUGAAAGUUUUACCUGUGCUUUACAAAAGGACCUUUUAUACCAAGGCAAAUUAUACAUUUCGGCAAACUGGGUUUGUUUCCAUUCAAAGGUUUUCGGAAAGGAUACAAAGAUUGUCAUUCCUGUGCUCACCAUAGUUCAUAUCAAGAAAACAAAAACUGCCCUUCUUGUGCCCAAUGCAUUAGUUGUCUCUACAAUCACAGAAAGGUUUAUAUUUGUCUCUUUGUUAUCACGAGAUACAACAUACAAGUUAUUAAAAUCUAUCUGUGGCCAUUUAGAGCUGGGUGUAAGCAUUGGAAACAGUCCAAGUCCUUCUCCCAUUGAGCAAAGUUACAGAACUGACAGGCCCAACUCAUUUCCCAUUGAUUUUAAUGUAGACUUGUCAGAACUAGAUGGCUUGGUGCGACAAAGGAGAAAUGAUAUUGAAGAGUGCAGCAGUACUGGUUCCCAGAGUGCAGAGUCAGAAAACUCACAAGAAUUCAGUCGAUCUCAGAAUAUACCAAAAUCCCAGCAAGCACUAAACCAGGGUGAUGUGUUCGCAAUGCGAACGCAAGAGAGAAUCGACAUAACUGAACAACAUAGGAAAGGUCCUUGGCAGUUGUUGGCAUGUCUGAAUAUCUGGAAGAUGUUGUCAAUGAAUGCACUGCUAUUUAUCUAUGCAGUUAUUGUGUGCCUUCUCCUUUUCUCAACUUUAUAUAUGCAUUCAAGAAUUGAACAUUUGGAAGAGAGGCUGUCUUUAAGGGGCUCCAUUAAAGAUUCUCAAUUAAAUCGAUGGUCUGUAGAAAAAGCUGUGGAAGGCUGGCCUAUCAAUGUUAAUGCCAUAUGUGGUGCAUUAACAGACAAUCUGGAAAAACUAGACAAGAUCCAAAGGAAUCUACAAAGACUCCUGGAAGAUUCUGAAUAACUUUAAAGAUGGAUGGACCUUAAGAUAAAGUCAACAUUGCACCCAGAUGCCUUCAGAUGAACCUCUGCUGGACAGGGGCCUUGCUACUGAAUCUGUUCAGGAAGACGUAAUCUCUAUCUCAGGAAGAUUUGUUCAGUAGAUAAGACAUGGGAAGAAUUAUAUUUCAAUUCACUGUGAAGUUAAUGGACAAAAUAUUUUGCACAUGGCUAAUUAAUAAGAAACACUGAAUUUGUAUGUGUUAUUUAUCUCCAACAGUUGACGUAAGCCAAAAAUAUUUAACUGCUAUUUCAGUGGCCUUGUUUGUAAUGUGAGAAAUUACACAGCAAAGCUAUAGUAGAACACGAUAUAAAUAUAUUGGGCCCCAUUCCACUGCUUAUGUAUGGUUUCUGUGACCACGUAUUUUGCACACUAAAUGGGGUGGUCACGUACACUAUAACAAUGGUUUCACCAAAACAUUUCAUUGUGGGUUCUUCCUUUUCAUUUUUCAUGUUCUGUGUCCAUGCCGUACUGUUACAGCAAUGCUAAUUUUGUGUGGCUUUUUUAUAUAAUGUGACUAUAUUUUGCAGGAUAAAGAUUUCAGCACUUUUCUUUUUAUAACAAUGUAUGCAAGAUUUUGCUCCAGUUAUGGUAAUCCAUAGCAACCAAUCCAUUGGCUGUUCUGGGUUACUAGACCUGGUGUUAUUUCUGUACCCCCUAGUGUUUUUUUCUACAGUUGAGCGUUUCUUUUGUGUUUGACAUGCAGUUCCCUGCUUCACUCUACUUGUGUGGCUUCUAAAUUUAAAUAUACUGUUUUAGCUCCAAUUAUUUUAAUCCGCAUUAGCAUUAUUGUUGCCUUUCUAAGAUGAAAUUGUAUUGGAGUUUAUUUUUUCAUAAAACUGUCAUUUAUUGCUUAAAAAAUGGGAGCAGGGCAUUCUGUGUACAUGGUGCUUAAUUUCAAAUGAGGUUUCAAGCACAGCAAAAAAAAAAAACAGGUUAAAGGAAAAUGAAAGUGUUUUUAUUCUUGGGGUGCUUGUAUUUACUUACCUGACACUCUAGGUCGGUAGCAGAAAACUGCACUGGCCCAGGAUUCACCACAGAGCAAUCUUCUACCUGCUUUUUCUCUCUUCUCGCGGCUGCACAUGCUCAGAAGAGCGGAAAGCAAAAUGUAAAAGCCGGCUGUUUCAUUCUACUGGGCAUGUGUAUUCCCCGGGAAAUUUGAAAAGUGAAGAAGAGAAUCACUAAGUGGUGCUAGCUGGCAGAACCCCGGGCCGGUGAGUAAAUAUAACCAAUUGGGGGUGUCUUAAAUUUUGGCCCCCCCAAGUAAAGGACAUUUCUUCUCCUUUAAAUAGUACCAAAGAUAAUUGUUAAAAGACCAAAAAAAUGCAUUAUUUAUUAUGCCUUUUAAAGCAACAUGUCCCAUAGACCGAUUUAUAUUGAGUGCCAUAAGGCAUUAAUUGUGCUGUGCAGGAGCAAUGUGGGUUCAGUAUAAAUGUUUUUCCAACUUUUUAACCAUUUCUGUGAAAUGUAUGUCAGAUUGCUACUUUGGUAAAUAAACGUAAGUUAUCCGA